UGUCUGAGGCUGGAUUUGAAGCCUCCAGCGUGUUUGGAGUUAAUUCUCAUUAGGUUGGACUCCGCCCCUCUCCCAAAGGUAAAGCAAGGUUUUCAGGCGUCACUGCAAAGAGCAGCUGGGUUUCCCAUCCACUUCUGAGAAGCUGUAAGGAGAAGUUGUUUCUCAGAUCUGAGUUCGAAGAGAGGGAACAAGUCAAUCAGCCUUUGUGGACAGAAGAGAAACCUGGGACCAUGAGGAGCAGCCUGACACUGGUGGGGACCCUCUGGGCCUUCCUGUCCCUUGUUACUGCUGUGGCCAGUUCUACCAGUUACUUCCUGCCAUACUGGCUCUUUGGAUCCCAGCUGGGGAAGCAAGUGUCAUUCAGCACAUUCCGGAGGUGCAACUACCCUGUACGGGGAGAGGGGCACAGUCUGAUCAUGGUGGAAGAGUGUGGGCGCUAUGCCAGCUUCAGUUCCAUCCCAAGCCUUGCCUGGCAGAUGUGCACGGUGGUGACAGGUGCCGGAUGUGCUCUCCUGCUCCUGGUGGCACUGGCUGCAGUCCUGGGCUGCUGCAUGGAGGAGCUUAUCUCCAGAAUGACGGGACGUUGCAUGGGAGCAGCGCAGUUCGUGGGAGGUACCUGUAGGCUUGGUUGGGCCUAUUACUGUGCUGGAGGUGGAGCAGCUGCAGCUAUGUUGAUCUGUACCUGGCUCUCUUGCUUUGCUGGAAGAAACCCCAAGCCUGUUAUGUUGGUGGAGAGCAUCAUGAGGAACACCAAGUCUUAUGCCAUGGAGCUUGACUACUACCUCAAGCCUUGAGCUUUGGCCAAAGAUUGGAGAGGGUGGGAAAGAGGAGAAAAGGGAGCCUCGGAAAGAGUUACUAAGACAAGGCCAGUUGCCACCCACCUGUCAGCAGUAUAGCCUAGAUUUGCAUGCUUUUUUUAACACAACAGACAUUCAUUUUCACUUUCCCUUAAGCUAGUGGGUCAGUGGCUACUUACAAAAUUCAUCAAGAAAUAUGAUUUUCUCAAAUGUUUAUCUAGCUGGUGAGUACCCAUUAGCCCCCAAGUCCCAAAGUACUCCUGUAGGCAAAAUAAGGAGAAAAUCCUCACUUGAAAGGUAACUGAACAAAGCUAGGUAAGAACACUUUUGCAAGAAGGGUCAAUGAGAUACACAGCUGGUUCCUGCGAUUCCAUU